CACACUAACCUGCUGGAGUGUAGCGGAUAGGAGACGCGCGCGGUCUGACUGCUAGGCACGCGCGGGCUCUUCCACGCUCGUGACGGCACGAGACGGAAACUCAAUAUAUAUUCCUAAUUUGAGGGUUUUUUUCUUCUUCUCCCUCACAGUGAAAAAAAAAGAAAGAAAGAGAAGAAUAGAGGAAAAGGCAGCCAUGCGUCUGAACCGAGACGCCGAGGACGGCAAAGGUUCCCUGUCGCUGGGCGUGUUCCUUGUGUCAGUCGGUCUAACCGUGUGUAUUGUUUGGCUCGUGGCGCUCUGCGGCGUCUGUGGAUGGUGCCAACGCAGACUGGGGAAGAGGAAUAAGCCAAGUUUGGACACAGCAAGUUCUCCGGACUCGGUGUCGGUACGAGGCCGGGGCGAAAAUAAAGCCAUCAAUGAUCUAGACAGGGACUUUUGGAACAAUAAUGACAGCAGCAAUGUUCAGCAGCGGUGGAGCUCCUACCCUCCUAAAGAGUUCCUCUUGAACAUGUCUCCUUAUGCUCCAUACGGAGACCCACGUCUAACGCCCAAUUUUGGGGAUACAUCCCCGCUGUCCACAGCGUCCACUCUGGAGCACAUCGCACCCGCGGCGUGUCGUCCUCGGCCCCUCGUCCGACAGCAGAGCCUCCAGCAGCCCCUGACCCCCCGGCCCCCUCCGCCGCCCAACGACCCCCCUGCCACCUCACAGAGCCUGGGGCAGUUACACAGCAGCUCCGGGGGCGGCGGGGGGCAGCGGGGGGGUGCAAGGCCGGGGGCAAGGGGCAGCCCAGCUGCACCCGGGGCAUCUCGCUACAGAGCGGGCGCAGGGGCACGGUCCCGCUCCAACCCGGGCAGCUGGGAUCACGUGAUGGGGCAAAUACGUACCAGGGGCAUGGACGUCAAAUCCUUCCUGGAAGGCAAGAUGGUUGUGUUGUCUCUCGCGAUCGGCCUGGCCGAACAGGACGACUUCGCCAACCUGCCAGACCUGCAGGAGAAGCCCGCGAGCCAAGAAACUCCUCCUGGCGAUAAAAGAGCCAUCGGUAACAAAGCCAACAGCAGUCCUAAAGGCCAGACCCCAGAUGAGAGCAACCGCCGCACUGACGCUAACUCCUCCGUCUCGGACCUCGCCAACUCCGUCACCAGCGACAUGCUCAUGUUGUCUCCGGGCUCUGAAGAGGAAGAACAUGAGGGUCCGGUGUGUGAGAAGCUGGGUCGAAUACAGUUCAGCGUGGGCUACAGCUUCCAGGACUCCACACUUACCGUGAAGAUCCUUAAAGGCCAGGAUCUACCGGCAAAAGAUUUCUCCGGGACCUCAGACCCGUUCGUUAAAAUCUAUCUGCUACCGGACAAGAAGCACAAACUGGAGACUAAGGUGAAGAGAAAGAACCUGAACCCUCACUGGAAUGAAACGUUCCUGUUUGAAGGUUUCCCGUAUGAGAAGGUGGUCCAGCGUACUCUGUACCUGCAGGUGCUGGAUUAUGACCGAUUCAGCAGGAACGACCCCAUAGGCGAGGUGUCCAUUCCCCUCAACAAGAUCAAUCUCGCCCACACGGAGGCAGUCUGGAAAGAGCUCAAACCGUGCAGCGAUGGCAGUGGGAGUCGAGGUGACCUGUUGGUGUCACUGUGUUACAAUCCCACGGCUAACACCAUCACUGUGAACAUCAUAAAGGCACGCAAUCUAAAAGCCAUGGACAUCGGCGGCACCUCAGACCCCUACGUGAAAGUGUGGCUGAUGCACAAAGACAAACGGGUGGAAAAGAAGAAGACCGUGGUAAUGAAGAGGUGUCUGAACCCUGUUUUUAACGAGUCCUUUCCUUUCGACGUUCCCGCUCACGUGCUGAGAGAGACCACCAUCGUCAUCACAGUCAUGGAUAAGGACAGACUCAGUCGAAAUGAUGUCAUAGGCAAGAUCUAUCUGUCGUGGAAGAGUGGCCCCGCAGAGGUGAAACAUUGGAAGGAUAUGAUGGGUCAUCCUCGCACUGCUGUUGCCCAGUGGCAUGCCCUCAAAGCUUAGUGGACCCACCCAAUAGCCCCGCCCCCAGAUUAAACCCACACCCACGAGCCCCUGUUAAUAUGCACAAGCUUGAACACGGGUACCAAAAGCCAUCCAACAUUUGCCCCGUUUGUGUCCUUUCUUUUAUGUGUGUCCACAGAUGGGACUCUCUUCUUCUUCACUCUUCUUUAUCUAGUUCUGACCUGUGAUUUGCACCUGCUUAGAUCCCCCUUUCCCAUUUUUGCAAAAAAAAAAAAAGAAGAGGCUAAGCACUGCCAAGAAGAUUGUAAAAGUCCUGUGUUACAGUAUGUAAUGGAAAGCAGGCUUGUCUUCCUCGAGAUUAUUUAUUUUGACUGUUCAGUUGUCCGGGGAAUAACCCAACGUCCAACCAGGAUGAUGGGGCUUCCAACCAGUGGAAAAAGAUAAAAAUCCUACCCUUCUACUGCCGUGUUUUUGUAUUCCUUCCUCCGUUCACCAAACCACCACCACUAAAGAUCCACAAGGAUCGCGUCACAGUGCAAUACCUGAUGGAUGGAGAGAUGGAACUCUUUACUUGAACCUCUUCACCAUCUUUUGCCAGUUUUCCUGGCACCAUGUGUAGAAACCCAUUUUUG